GUAGACCUUGCACGAGAAUGAAGACUCAAGGGAAUGAGGUUGCCUUUCUUUAGUCGCAACGCACCCCCAUUUUCACAAUAUUCUUCUUCUUCUUCUUCUUCUUCUUCUUCUUCUUGGUGGUGGUGGUGGUUUUGCUGCUGCCUUUUCCUCCUUUGAUUGGCUGCUUCAAAACGGCCUCCAUUACCGCCACCACAACCUUUUCCGUCAAAACUAGCCUCCCCUCCUCCCCUGCCACCACCCCACUUGUCAUCUCUUUUUAUUUCUUUCUGUUGCGUUGCCUCAGAAUUUGAUCAUUUGGUUUGAAAUUUGAAUACAAGAAAGGUUAGAGAGAAAGAGAAAAAAUGAGAAAGGAAAGGAGAUCAAGAAGGAUAUCAAGAAUAGGGAGCUAUGCAAUAUCAUCAUCAAUGUCAAUGAGAGAUCAUCGGCAACAACCUUGUAUAACUUGUACAACGUUUAACAUUCUAGCACCUAUCUAUAAACGUCUUAACAUUAACAAUGAUCAGGAUCAGAAUUCACGUGAAAGUGAUUACAGGGCCUAUUGGCUUGUCAGAAACCAGAGGAUUUUGGUUUCCUUGUUGCGUGAAAGAUCUUCCAUAAUUUGUCUUCAGGAAUUUUGGUUGGGAAAUGAAGAGUUGGUCAACAUGUAUGAGAAGAGAUUAGGUGAUGCAGGCUAUCUCAAUUUCAAGCUUGCACGAACCAACAACCGUGGUGAUGGCCUACUGAUCGCUGUGCGCAAGGACUAUUUCAGAGUUAUUAACCAUAGGGAAUUGUUGUUCAAUGAUUGCGGGGAUCGAGUUGCUCAGUUGUUACAUGUUGAAUUAGCUGCCCCUUGUUCACCAUGCCGGAACAAUGACACUCGCCAAGAAAUUCUCAUUGUCAAUACCCACUUGUUAUUUCCUCAUGAUUCAAGUUUGUCUCUUGUAAGAUUGAAUCAGGUCUACAAAAUCCUGCAGUAUGUGGAAUCUUAUCAGAAAGAAAACAAGCUUAGCCCAACGCCUAUUAUGCUUUGCGGUGACUGGAAUGGGAGCAAACGGGGGCAUGUUUACAAGUUCCUCAGGUCACAAGGCUUUGUAUCCUCGUAUGAUACUGCUCAUCAGUACACUGAUGCAGAUGCUCACAAGUGGGUUAGCCACCUUAAUCAUCGUGGAAAUAUUUGUGGCGUGGAUUUUAUAUGGCUUCUUAAUCCCAAUAGAUACCGCAAGCUACUAAAAACAAGUUGGAGUGAAGCAGUAUUUGGCAUGUUCAAGUAUCUGCUACGGAGAGCUUCCCUGACAGAAGAAGAUGCCUUUGCCUUUCUGAAGGCUGAUAGUGAUAGUGACUGCAUUACCUACUCAGGCUUCUGUGAAGCUCUUCAGCAGCUUAACUUAACCGGCCAUUGUUAUGGACUCAGCAACGAAGAAACAAAGGAUUUGUGGGCGCAGGCAGACAUUGAUGGGAAUGGUGUUCUUGAUUAUAAAGAAUUUCAGCAGCGAAUUUGGAAUCCUAUAUGGUCAAAGCAGAAAGAUGAUGAAAUCCAAGACGAUAAUCUUAAGGGUAGAGAAGAGCAAACAAUUGGUUUCAGUGUGGAGAAUGCUGUUCUCUUCCCUCCUGAAGUAGAGAAAGGAAUGUGGCCUAAGAACUACUCUCUUUCAGAUCAUGCCCGACUAACGGUGGUGUUCUCACCAAUAAGAAUGCCAUGCUCACGAUUGAUAUCAUGAAAGUCCUUGAAAGCAAACUAUAUC